UCAACUCCCUCCGCCGCCAUCGCCGAAGGUAGUUUCGCAGUCGCCGCUCAACCGGACGCACGUCGCGCUGUCCACCCCGACUCGGCUCACAGGAGAGGUGCGCGCCAUGUGACGACCCUGGAACCGUUGUUUAUUAGUCAGUCAGCCUAGUUGUUGGAGCCGAGGGUUCGGUAGAACGAAGCAAAGAUCUUUCCUCCGGUAACACAGAGAGGGAAAGAGAAGAUAGGAGUGCGCGAACGUGCUUUUCCAUAUAAUUUCUUUGACUUUAAGUGGUGGAUCACUCGCGCCAAAGUGAAGAGUUAACUGUAACGCAAGUAGGUGAAGCAGGCCAGAGGUCGGGGUCAUCACACUCACCUGGUAUCGGAAGAGGAACUGGAACACGAGUCAAGUAGGAGUAUAAGGUGUCGCAUCCACCGACACGAACGUAUUACCGAUAGCAGUCGACCAGAACGGUGGGCUCUGCACGUGCGAAGACCAUGGGCACGCCGCAAACCCUGAGUAUAGUGAGCGUUGUGCUGGCGGCGGUACUCGUGUCGGUGUCCGCCAAGCCCAUUGUGGAUCCCGGCUUGUUCGUGAUCCAGGGAGUGACCAGCUGCCUCAAUGGCACGGGCUACUGCAUGCUCGGAAACAACUGCUCCAUCGACGUGGAUUUCCUCCCUGCAGGCAGCGGUCAUUGCAAGGGACUCAGGGAUGCCUUCACGCCUAAAAUUGACUUCAUUUGUUGCAAGUACAAUCCUUUCGGGAAAGCCACCAGCGAGCCUCCCACCACCACCGUCUCCACCUACACCAUCACGGACGUCUUCUCGCUCAUCGACGAGGAGAUAAUGCACGGGCAGCAGCAGGAAGAUUACUCCGACAUCAACCCCGACAACGUGAUUGACAUCGUGGGCGUCGUGACGGACUUCACAGGCAUCGUGGGUCUCGUCACACGCCCAUGGACGGGGACAUUCCCCACCAAGGCCACCUCGCCCACCACCACGCCCAUGACGCCCUCCGACCCGCCCACGACGCCCGCCCCUGUGUCGCCCGCCACGCCCCUCUCCCCAGGCCAGACGGAGGCGACGGAGGAGGAGGCCGUCACGGAGGCCACUCCAGAACCUACGGAGAGCUACAACGAGAUUCCUGUUGGGAUGACCGAAGGGGGCGACGCAGAGGUACAGCAGGAGACGACUCAGCAGGGAGACUCCACCACGCCUCCCUCGGAUCUCACGCCCGCAGCAGGCGCAACCCCGCCCACUUCGAUCGCCCCUGAGGUUGUGGGAGCCUCAGACGAUUCUUCGGAAUCUGACGAGGAAGUCGACAUGAAUGCCAUUAUCUUCCCAGACGACCCUAUCCUCGCCGGACGACCCGAGACGGAAGCCCUGGAGGCGGUGACCGAGUCGCAGGUGGCAGACACUCACGACGAAGCUCACGUCGAAGGCGCCCUCAUCCAGAUUCUGGAAUCCAGCGUCGUCGGCGAACACCCGAGCCAGGUUUCGCAGACGACUCAGGCAUUUGCAGCGAGCGGCGUUUCCACGUCUCCUCCUGCUCUGGGGCCUCUCGGGGUUCAGCAGGUCGACAUCACUGGCGAGAUAGGCGAAGAAACGGACUAUGACUACUACGCGAACUACCCCGACCAGAUACUCCUUCAGCCCGUCAACCAGAAUAUCUGCGGCUUUAAAGGAGCCAAGCCUUAUGACGACCAGCUGAGCAGCAGGAUCCUCGGCGGCGUCGUGGCGUCGACGGUGGAGUGGUGCUGGGUGGCGGCCAUCAUGGAGCGACGGCAGGGAGGCAACAAGUUCGUGUGCUCCGGCGCCCUCGUCGAGUCCAACCUCGUCCUCACCACCGCCACCUGCCUCAAAAGACUGCAGAACCGCGACCUGUCUCGGUACAUCGUGGUGUUCGGCGACAGCAACCUGCGCGAGGACCUGCCUUACGGGGUGCAGUUCCACUCCCUCGCUGAGGUGGUCGCCCACCCCGACUACUUUACCUCUGGGGGCGCGCACGCUAGUGACAUAGGCGUGAUAAGGCUCCGCGACCACGCGACGCUGAGCGACAACGUGUGCCUGGUGUGCAUGGCCCAGCAGGACGCCAUGUUCCCUGCGCAGACCUGCACCGUCACGGGCUACGGCGUCGGCGACAUCCCACCGCCCAUGCUCAAGGACGUCCAGAACACGGUGCCGCUGGAGGGCAUCCUGAGGCAGCUUUCGGUCCCCGUCCAUAAGGAGGCCGACUGUCGAGACACUUUGCGCAAUGUCACGCGUUCGGAGAUCUUGGCCUCGUCCGAUUCCUUCCUCUGCGCCGGCGGCACGGGCGACGGCAGUGCUUGCUACAGCACGAUGGACGGAGGCUCCCCCCUGGCGUGCGAGGCAGGGGGCCGCUGGUUCCUGGCGGGGCUGGUGUCGUGGACGCGGGACUGCACCGUGCCGGGGACGCCCAAUGUCUACACGCGGGUCUCCUCGUUCACCAACUGGCUCCAGGCGACUCACCUGCGCAUGAUGGGCUUCGCAACGCACCAGAUUAAGCUGACGUGAAACCUUCUUCGUACGUCAUAUGUAGAGGGGUUGCCAUGCUAAGUGUGUCAUGAGGAAGGUGCUGGACUACUACUGUACACUUUUAAAAUUAAGGCCAAAGUCUAAGCGAUGUCUUGCGCUUUCCGAGUCGAAGUUGUUUCAAGGCUUAAGACACUCCAUGAUGAAAUGGCUCUAGGAGAGAAAGAAUGAUUUGGAGAGAUAGUAAUAUUCUCUUGUAGAUUCUGGUGUGAAUGUUAGUGUUCUUAUUUGUUUAAGAUCAUGUGUCGUAGCUUUAUGCCUGUCGGUGUAUUCUUAAGUUUUUUAUUUAUUUUGUUGUGUUCUAUAUGUCUGCAUGUGUAUGUUGAGCAUUUUGCUCCACCAUUCAUUGUGAAAAAAUACAUCUGUCUUCGUGAACUGACUAUGGAAUAAAAUAUAUCACAAAGCGUA